GAGCCGAAGUUGGGAGCCGCUCAGUGACUCCCGGCGGCCGGAGCGGAGGGUCGCCCAGGCGGGAGCGCUGGCAGGGGCGGGCAGGGGAGGCCGGCCGGAGCAAGGAGCGGGCAGCGCGUCGGAGGAAAAAGAAGAAGAGGAGGGGGAGGAGGAGGAGGCGAGGCGUCUUGCCCCUCCGUCACCGGGGCGCCUUCGCCCUCGGCCGCCGCCGCCGCCGGGCUCUCUCGGACCAUGCCGAUCCUCCUUUUCCUCAUAGACACGUCCGCCUCCAUGAACCAGCGGGCGUAUCUGGGCACCAGCUACCUGGACGUGGCCAAGGGCGCCGUCGAGCUCUUCAUGAAGCUGAGGGCCCGAGACCCGGCCAGCCGCGGCGACAGGUACAUGCUGGUCACCUUCGACGAGGCGCCUUAUUGCAUCAAGGCUGGCUGGAAGGAAAACCAUGCCACUUUCAUGAACGAACUGAAAAACCUCCAGGCAUCAGGAUUGACCACUCUCGGCCAGGCUCUGCGAUCAUCCUUUGACCUGCUGAACCUCAACAGAUUAGUCUCUGGCAUAGACAACUAUGGUCAGGGGAGGAAUCCCUUUUUUUUAGAGCCGUCGAUUUUAAUUACCAUCACAGAUGGAAACAAGCUGACAAAUACUUCUUCUGUUCAAGAGGAGCUCCAUCUGCCUCUGAAUUCUCCCCUGCCUGGUAGCGAGCUAACCAAAGAACCGUUUCGCUGGGAUCAACGGCUGUUUGCCCUGGUGCUGCGCUUGCCCGGGGCCCCAUCAGUGGAACCCGAGCAGCUAGGGAGCGUCCCCACAGAUGAGUCUGCCAUCACACAGAUGUGUGAAGUCACUGGAGGGCGCUCGUAUUGUGUCCGGACCCAGCGCAUGUUGAACCAAUGCUUAGAAUCCCUUGCUCAGAAGGUUCAGAGUGGUGUGGUCAUUAAUUUUGAAAAAUCGGGACCAGAUCCGCCUCACAUUGGGGAAGAUGGACUGGUUGACGCCACAAGGCCCGUCAAUUCCUUCGGUUCUCAGUCAUGGCACAGCUGUCAUAAACUCAUCUAUGUGCGUCCCAACCCUAAAACGGGCGUGCCUGUUGGCCAUUGGCCAAUCCCCGAAUCAUUUUGGCCUGAUCAGAAUUCACCAACGCUGCCCCCUCGCACAGCUCAUCCGGUGGUGAGGUUCUCCUGCGUGGAUUGCGAGCCCAUGGUGAUCGAUAAGCUGCCAUUUGACAAGUACGAACUGGAACCGUCACCUUUAACGCAAUACAUCCUGGAACGGAAGCUGUCUCAUGUGUGCUGGCAGGUCUUUGUGAGCAGCAGCGCGAAAUACAGCGAGCUCGGACACCCCUUUGGAUAUUUAAAGGCCAGCACCAGCCUGACCUGUGUCAAUCUCUAUGUGAUGCCUUACAACUACCCCGUGCUGCUCCCUCUGCUCGAUGACCUUUUCAAGUUCCACAAACUUAAGCCAAAUCUGAAGUGGCGACAGGCAUUGGAGAGCUACAUAAAAUCCAUGCCUCCUUACUACUUAGUGCCAUUAAAGAAAGCCCUAAGGAUGAUGGGAGCUCCAAAUCUGAUAUCAGAUAAUUUAGAUUGUGGACUUAGUUACAGUGUUAUCUCUUACCUUAAAAAACUCAGCCAACAGACAAAAUUAGAAUCGGAGCGGAUAAUAGCGUCCGUGGGUAAGAAACCCCCACAAGAGACGGGCAUUAAAGUGAAGAGUCACUCCAGCGGCUUGUCCCUCAUCCAGAGCAGGGAUUUCAAGCAGUUGCUUCAAGGGAUUUCGGGCGACUCUCCCCUGAGGCUGCCUGAAAUGAACGUGAAGGAAUUUGCUGGCUUCCACAUAGGGCUCUUGAAUAAGGAUCUCAAGCCACAGGCCUUCCGCAAUGCUUACGAUAUUCCUCGUCGCAGCCUGUUAGACCAGCUGACCCGGAUGAGAACCAACCUGUUGAAAACACACAAGUUCAUUCUAGGCCAGGAUGAAGAUUGCCUUCACAGUGUUCCUGUAGCCCAGAUGGGGAACUACCAGGAGUACCUAAAGAUGAUGCCUUCUCCCCUUCGAGAAAUUGACCCCGACCAGCCCAAGAGGCUUCACACUUUCGGAAACCCUUUCAAGCAGGAUAAAAAGGGAAUGAUGAUUGAUGAAGCGGAUGAAUUCGUCGCCGGUCCUCAGAACAAAGUCAAACGUCCAGGAGAGCCCAACACGCCGGCCUCCCUGAAGAGAAGGCGCAGCAUGUCCCCGUUCUUAAGACGGCCGCAGUCGCCGCCCGUCGUAGCCAACCACGUUGGCGGGAAAGGAUCGCCCUCGCCUGCCGGGCCCCCAUCCAGCCCGAAUGCUAAAACCACGCCAGCUUAUAAAGAUGCAAACAGCAACACGGUUCAAGACGGCAACGGUGAAAAGAAAGCCGAGAACUCCCAGCCGCUGGACAAACCAGGGGACGGACCUUUGGUGCAUCUUGUUCCUCCGUCCCCGGCCGCCGUGGUGGACGAAGACCUGCCAAACGAUAUGGACUCUUUGACCGGUGAACUGAACUGUGUUGGGGAAGAUGGGCUGGACCAUAGACCCAUGGUCAAUUCCCUCGUACGGGGCCCUUUGAACUACAGCAUGUCCGCCGAAGACCAAAAGCUACUGGUGGAGCCAGCUUCUGGAACUGUGCCAAAUUCAGUGAAAAUCACAUCCAAUAUGUUUGAAGGGAACAACGAGGUUAUCAAAAUCAAGGUUAUGAAAGAAGUUCGCAAACCCGGGAGAAAUUAUGAAAAAAUCUUCUCUCUCCUAGAAGAAAUACAAGGCCCCGUAGAGGUUCAGAAAUAUUUCAUUGAAUUUGCUAUCAAAGAAGCAACAAGGUUUAAAAAACGGGUCUUAAUUCAGCACUUAGAAAGAAUACUAGAGGAAAUAGAGUUCACCAGCCUUCCCAACCGAAUUAAUCAUGUCAACAGUAGAUAAUAAUAGCGUGCCGGCCAGAGGAAUGGACGGGACCGGCCGACAAAGAGUUUGCUGUGCCGCGGAAGAAUGGAAGAGGACGUGGCAGCCACUGCCUGCGCCAGCCUGGCAGGCCGGCAGCUUUUCGGUGCGCGCCUCAGAAGGAGCAGGGUGAUGUUUUUACGCAUAGCGCACCUCUUUGGCCGGACACCUGAGGAAUUUGCCGCAGGAGGCGUGUGGCUUCCUCCCUCCCCACCCACCUUCGGAGGGCUGAUCUGCCCCUGGGCCGAAGAAAGACACUCGGUGCCGCCUCCCCCAGGGUCCCUGCAGGUGAUGAGAAUUUACUCAUUUGAACCCUUGGCUGUUAAGACACUUUGGCUGUAGGCCACCAGGGCGAAUGGCGCAACCCCCCCCCCCUUGUGUUAUCUCUGCACUUGUGUCGGAGCGAUCCUUUGUCCUAAAAAAAAAAAAAAAACCGAAAGGAAAGAGGAGGAGGAGGAGGAGGAAAGGCUCUCCGUGGUGGUAGUCCACCUUGUCGCUACGGGCAGGAAGGUGGCCCUUUCCCACGAGAGCAGCUAGCCAACCCAGGUCUCGGGGGUCAGUUGGAUUAACAGGCGCUGCUCUUCCUGGGUGGAAGGAGAGACGCCCUGGGACGGACGGAUGGACUGGCUGGCCGGUGGCGGCAGCUGCUGCGGCUGCUCCUAUGGUAGCCCCCCCCUCUACAACCUACCUCAGUCUUCCUCUUCUUCUUCUUCUUUUGUCUGCAGGGGCGCCCGAGGCUCCCCCAGGUCCCAGACUUCAGUUCUCUUUCAUCUCGGUGAGGAGGACGGAGACUCUUCUCGUGGACUUGGCUUUGGAGGCGCUUAAAAGGAAACUUGGGGGGUUUAGGAACAAAAA